AUGUUCUAUCAUCAAUUAUAUCUUGUAUUGCUUCUGGUAUUGGUUACAAUAAAUAUAAACAGUUUAGCAUUAACGAUAGAUCAAAAAUCGAAUACUGUUCAUCUUGAAGCUCCUAAUUUAAGUGGACAAUAUCAUAAUAAUCGUCCAUCUCUUCCGUUUUCAUCAAAUGUAAAUAAAAUUGAGCUUAUUUCUAAAGCAGAUAUUAUAAAUCCAUGUAAUGGUACAUUUAUGAAAACAAAUGGAACUACAUGUGGUUUGAAAGAAAUUAUGCUAGGUCGAUGUUAUCAAUAUCAAUACAUACAACGCGGUCUUUAUCUAUCAAAUACAACGGCAGUAAAAAAUUGUACAGAACUUUAUGAAUUAUUUGAAUCUGAAGUUCGUUUUAAACCAUAUUGUAAUAUGAAUAUGAGUACAUAUGAAAAAUAUUUUCAACGUGCACUUGAAGGUGUACAUGUUAUCAAUCGAGCUAUUUUUUGGAGUGGAACUUAUGCAAUAACUCAUACUUAUAGUGGUCAUGGUCAUAACUAUAUUACAUUAGAAGAUACAUUAGCAGCAAAUAUGCUCGAUGGUUUAAUGUGGUGUGGCAAAGAAAAUGAUCCUCAAGGUUUCGAUUAUGUUAGUUGUCCAAAUAAUUGUCAAGAUAAUCGAUGGGCUGAUUUAGCAUUUUGGGGUCUUGCAUCAAAAACGUUUGCUGAAAGAGUUGCUGGUGAAAUUUAUGUUGUUUUAAAUGGUAGUCGAACAGAUGGUCGACCAUCCUAUCGUAAUGGUUCAUAUUUUGCUGAAUUUGAAUUACCUAAUUUUCAACGAACUGGUCCGUAUCGUGUAACAAAAAUCAAUAUUUUAGUAUUACAUACACCUGAUCUUCCAGUUGUUGAACGAUGUGGAGAUAAAAGUAUAAUUCAUUUAGAACAUCUUAUUCGAGAUGCUCAAUUUGAAUAUAUAUGUAUAGAUGAUCCUGAUGAAUUACUUUUAAUUAUGUGUGGUGAUUCAUGGGGAGCACGAGAAUGUGAAGUUGCACGAACUGCUCUAAGACGAGCAUGGGAUUUAAAAGUACUUGGAAAAUCAAAUGCUAACUACUAUCCAUUAUCAUUGCUACUUUUAUUUUUUACCGGUAUUUUUCGUCAGAUGUUAUCAAAUUGA